AAUAAUAUUUAUUCACGGAUUAGUGCAUAUGCAGAGCAAACGAUUUGUUCCGCCAAUAGUUUUUCCACCAACAGCUCCGACUCGUGUCCAGCUGAUUUUUGGUGUUGGUAUCCCUGAAGAGGAUUUAGAUUUUGAAUCUCUUACGAAUGGAUGGGUUCUUAAGUAUGAGUACUUUCUACCAUCGAAUGUGACUCAAUUAUAUGUCCCAGAUCGACUGAACAUAGCUGGCAGAAGCAUACCCGAUAAAAUUGAAAAGUAUAGUGUUGAAGCAGUACAGAUUGAAUCUGGGUUCGAUACUAAUGAGUUGGAUUCGAAUUUGGAAAUAAGUGCGAAUGGAUUGAAUGAAAUAAAUACGGAUUUUGAUGAGCUAUCUGAGAUUCAGGAAAAUGAACAAAAACAUCUUUCUAAGUAUAGAUGGGCCAUCUACAGCGCGCUUGAGGCUGCAAUUAAUAGAAAAGGACUUUCAGGACGAACAUGCGUACUUAAGAGCAUAUGUGAAGCAGCUGUCCAACCAUUUCAUUAUCAAAAUGGCAUUAUUGCGGAUUUGAUACACAUUAUUUUAACACCUUCAUCAUCAGUGGAUGAAUUAUCUUCGCACUCAGAUAACGAAUACUUUCAGGCUGAAGUUUUGGGAAAAUCUGGAGCACCUUGCGAUGUUAUAUUCAAAGAUUGCAAAAGAUCUUUAAUGGACAUAUUUACAAAUAAAUUAUAGAGACGGAAUUAAUUUUAAACAAUUGAUACUAUCAUGUAUUAUAUUAUUGGGUAUAUAGUGUUACAAA